GUUUACGUAUUGAGUUGUGUUUUGAUUAAAUUGAUGUAUACAAUUUUUAAACUAUUUUACUUAAAAAUUUUAUUCACAAAAACUAUAAGAUAUAAAUUUAUUAAUAAUUUUUUUGUAAGUUGUUGAUGUAUGCUAAAAGAUGGCAUCGUGUUCUAACCAUAGUCUUAAUGAUGGUAACAUUACAGCAAUGGAUGACAGUUCAAAGCGUCGAAGUUCCCGAUCCAUAAAGAGAAGAAAGUUUGACGAUGAAUUAGUUGAAUCGAGUCUUGGUGUAGCCUUUGGCUCACCUAUGCCCAAGGCACAACGAUCCCGCACCCAAUCAUUAAAUCUAACAACUUCAGCUACAGAGUUAGACAAUGUUAUGUCUCCUGUAAAUAGUAUUCCUGAAAUAGGACUUCCUGUAAAUUCAGUUCCAUCUAUUUCUAGUGCUCCACCACGAAAAGUUCCGUCUAGUAGAAUGUCAUUACAUGCAUCUACAUUAAAUUCUUAUGCUACAGUUGCUUCAACGUCAUCUGUUUCAUCAUCUUCAUAUAGAAAUAGGUCAAGAAAGCAAAAACAUUUAAACAAAGAUUUGGGUCGCUGGAAACCUACUGAUGAUCUUAUGCUUAUUCAAAGUGUUUUACAAACUAACAAUCUACAAAUGGUUCAUAGAGGUGUAAAAUUCAGCUGUAGAUUUACUCACAAAGAAAUAGCACAAAGAUGGUAUGCAUUGUUAUAUGAUCCCACAAUUUCAAGGCUUGCUGUAUCUGCUAUGAAAAAUUUACACCCAGAAACUAUAGCUAAUAUUGAAUCAAAAGCAUUAUUUUCUAUUGCUGAAGAAGAACUUUUAGCUUCAGUACAAUCAAAUUCACAGCCUACUAUAGAAACCUUUCAGGAGUUACUUGCUCAAAAUCCAAAUAUAUUUCAUCGUAGAAGAACUGCAAAGAUUCUUAUGUGUCAUUGGCAACUAAUGAAACGUUAUUCAUUAUUAUCAGAUCAAUGUAGUGCAUUAGAAAAUCCUAUCCCUUUGCCUUUAAUGAGUGCAAUUGAAGAUAGAAAUAUUCAUAUACUCAAUAACGAACAAGAAGUUACUACUUUGUCAACAUCAGAGCAUAUACCUACAUUUGCAGAAUGUGAAGAACUAUUAAAUGAUCAACAUUUAUUAAGUGAAAUGCCUGAUCCAGUACUUGAAAGACAUCUUACUUUAACUAAUAAAAAAGUUAAAAAAGAAAUGAAAGUGUUGGAAGAUGAACUUCCUAGAGCUCAAGUUUUAGUAUUUCCAAUGACUGGAAUUAAUCCGGUAGAGUUUGAACCUCAAACAUUAGCAGUUUUACGAGGACGUUUAGUUAGAUAUCUUAUGAGAUCUAAAGAGAUUACUAUUGGGAGGUCAUCAAAGUAUCAGCAAGUUGAUGUUGAUUUGAAGCUCGAAGGACCUGCUUGGAAAAUAUCUAGGCGACAAGCUACAAUACGACUUCGUAAUACUGGCGAUUUUUUAAUUGUUUGUGAGGGGAAAAAAUGCUUAUACGUAGAUGGUAAACCAUUAACAGCUGGUAGUCGCUGCAGGCUCAAUCAUAAUUCAGUAUUAGAGAUUGCUGGUUUGAGAUUUCUUUUUUUAAUAAAUCAUCAAUUAAUUAAUACAAUAAAGCAAGAUAGUAUUCAACUAAAUCAAUCACAGUUACAAGUUCAAACACUUAAUCAAACUCCUCAAAAACAAGCCAAUCAAAACAAGUCCCAAAAAAGUGCUACAAAAGCCGAAAAAGCUGAGAAAAAUGCACAAUUAAAUGAACAAAAACAACAACAACAAAAGAUUAUUGAAGAACAACAAAAGAAAAAGUUAGAAGAACAUCAUAAGAGAUUGAUAGAAGAAGAAAGGCAAAAAUUACUCCAACAAGAGCAUGAUGAACUAGAGCAACAGCUUAAAUUAUUAGAAGCCGAAGAAGAAGAACAUAAUCAAAGACAACAACAAUUCUAAAAAAAUGUAUGACUUCAUGUCUCAUGAUAUUAUGCUAACUAUAUUUCACUAUAGUUUUUACCAUUACUCAAUUUUUUUGUACAGUUUUCAUCUUAUUGGUUUUUAAAUUUGUUUAAUUCUGAAAUUAUAAUAAAGAUAUAUAUAUAUAUAUAUAUACUUAAAAUAAAAUUUACAAACCACUUAAAGUAACAAAUUACUAUUAUUAAAAAAUAAUAAAUUAUUAUUUCUAUUAAUAUGUUACUUAAAUUAUAUUAUAAAUAAGACAAUAAUACAUUUUUUAAAUAAAGUAUUAUUAAGAAUAAUAUUUUACUGCAAUUCUAAAAGUUACAAAAAUUAAUAAUUUAUGAAAAAUAAUAGUAAUUAACAAAAGACUUAAUAUUUAUACUAUUUUCAAAUUUAUUCUCUCUCUUUUUUUUUUUUAAUGUUUCCAUAUUUUUAAUAAAAAUAAAUGAUCUUCUAAUAAAAGUAUAAUUAAUAGUAAUAUAGUUUCUGUAAUCUAUAUUUAUUGUAUAAUUUAAUAGAACUUAGAAAUAAAAACUAGAAUUUAUGGUUUUAAUUAUUUAUAAGUAAUAUCAAUAAAAUUUCUUAUAUAAUGAAAUAGACUUGUAAAAUUAGACAAUUUUUAAAAAAAAAUUUUAUUGUUAACUUAUUUUAAAUUAUGUGUGAAAUUAUCAUUUAGAAUUAAUUUCGUAUCCAUAAAAGCAUAUGAUCCCCUUUCUUUUUUAUUUUUAGUUUUUAUUUUCUUAUAUGUAUACAAAGAAAGAAAUUUUUUUUCACCUGUCCUUACUUGCUAAUAUCAUCUACUUAAUGUUAUGGCAAUUUAAAGUUUUUAAAAUUCGUUACAGACUUGAAAAAUAAAUUCCCUGGUAACUUCGUGCUUAAAGCCUUAUAGCUUUAUAUAUAAAUUUAAAAAAAUCUUAAAAUUAAUACUUUAGAUAUGAAGUUUCAUUUAACGAUCUUGGAAUUAUAAUUUUAAAUUUAAUACAUGUUUUUGUACGUGAAUA